CAGCCCGUACAGUAGUGACUUUUCAGAGCAGCUGGCUCAAGCCACGGUUGUGUUGCGUUCGGCGGCCAAGCGGCGCACAACCACACGCGUAGGACGCGCACCGAGAGGACACUGAGGACAGCAACCUAGAUCUAGAGCGAGCAACCUCCAUCGAACUCGCUCAGACUUUCGCCCACUGCAACCACUUCUGUGGCGGAUAGUGUUCUGAACUGUGGUGGGCGACAGCGUCAUGGCCAGCUCUUCAGCGCACCCUCCAGUGUCCCCAGCGAAGGGCUCGCCACCGACUUACGUUGCGGUUCCACUCCCACCGGAAGCGGAACGAGAACUGUUCGUUGUCAACUCGGAUGGCCUCCUUCCCGCUGUGCCGGGCCCGUCGACCGCCGAGAUUGAGCGUUCAGGGCACGGCGUUGUCUCCUACGACCGUCGCCUGGACAGCGAUCAAGACGAGCUCUGGCGCUUUUUCCUGACCCACUUGACCAACAGCCCGCCAAAGGGAACUAUGAGAUGCCAUGGUCAUUACGACACUCAGCACCACACGACCCACACCACAACAAACGCUGACGGGACCACAAGCACAUCAACCACCACCACUACGACGAACCAUACCGUUUUCGAUAUCAGUAUCACCUUGACCAAUUACAUCCCACGCCAAUGGGCAUACUUGUGCGCCAGGGACAAGAAUGGUCAAUGCAUCCCAGUCAAAACUGCAAUCAACAUGUACACGGGCGACAGCAGCUCGCUAAAGGAGAUGAAACUGGUCAAGCAGAUUGACUGGCCGCUCGAGCAGCUGACCGCGUUGGCCCGUGCGCGCAUCAGAGAACUUGGGUUUCGGGAUAACCUCGACGUGGUCAUUACUUUCGACAACAACACGAUUGUUGCGCGCUCGUCCAGCGGCCUGUCGAGCUUUGCCCAUAACACCGCCGUCAGAUGCCUCUGUGUCAUCUCGUGCCUGUGGCUGAUUUUCCUGCCAAUGUUUUGGGCGCUGAAAACGACGGUCAAGUUCAGGCUGAUCGCGAUAUACAAAACCGAGAAGCCUUGGGAACUGUUCUGGGAAAAGAACGUGCAUAUCUUGGAACAUGGGGUUCGAUCCCGGGUGUCGCAGACGUUUGAGGGCCUGUGAGGAAGUCGCUUGCUUUCUGUAUAUGUAGUCUCUUUCACAUGAAAACUAUCGCUGACAGCGAUCUAAUGGGAGAUGAGUGUAUAUGUAGACGCCCGAACA